CUCGAGCAUCUUCCAACCGGAUUCCGAAGUGUAUCAUCGACUCACAGUUCGUUGUCUUCGUUCCUGGUGGCACAGGACGCUUUCGGGCCGCUCGGCUUGAAUACAAUUCACUGUCCAUCGGAACCGUUGCUAGACUUCAAAUCAAUCAAUCAAUCAAUCAUUUUCAUCCAUGGACUGGGCGGAGGCUCGAGAAAGACGUGGAGCUACAGUUCCCGCCUUGAACACUUUUGGCCGAAAGAAUGGCUUUCAAAGGACAUAGCCUUCCAAAAUGUCCGAAUCCACGCCUUUGGAUACAAAUCUACUUGGCACGACAUGAGAGGGAGCAUUCUGAAUAUUUGCGAUAUUGCCGAAUCCUUACUCGGCGCCAUUCACAACUCUCCGACCAUUCGCAAAGCCAAAGAUACCAAGAUCGUCCUCAUAGCGCACAGUAUGGGAGGUCUCGUAGCCAAGAAGGUGGCCCGGGUGAAUCCCAAUUACAACGACCUUGCGACGCGCAUCCACAGCAUGUACUUCCUCGCUACGCCCCACCAAGGCUCCGAUAUGGCUAAGCUCCUGGAUACUUUAGUGGCCCUGUCGCCCUUCCACGGUGAUAAGCCAUUUGUCAAAGACUUGCGGCCGACGUCACAGGCUAUCCAGGCCAUCAACCACGACUUCCCCAAGCACUCACAGCACUUGCUCCUCUACUCGUUCUACGAAACUAGGCAUACAUGGGUGGGGUCAUCUCAGAUCAUUGUUAGCCACCACUCGGCAACCUUAGGGUACGACAAUGAGAAGAGAGCGCCCCUUCACAAAGAUCAUAGAGGAGUGUGCAAAUUUCAGAAGCCGAGUGAUCCAGAUUUCAUAACCCUACGGAAUUCUCUUAGUCGAACCGUCGUCGAUUUCUCUAUACAGGAGCACCCUGUCCACGUCGAACAACUCAGCGCAUUGAGAGACUUCCUCGGUAUACAGGACAAGCCUGAAGACGAUAUGGUGGAUUUCGAAGAGCUUUGUCUGGCUGGUUCAUGCUCAUGGUACACAUCCAAAGAAUCAUUUCGAGAAUGGCGAGACGACUCCGCCUCCUUUAAGGUCAUAUGGCUCCAUGCAAAGCCUGGCGCCGGAAAGUCAGUCCUUACAAGCCAAGUGAUAGACCACCUGGAGAACCUCAACCUUGACUGCAGCUACUACUUCUUCUCUGGAGGCGACCGUACUAAAUCGACUGCCAGCAUGCUCCUUCGUUCCAUCGCUUAUCAGAUGGCCCUCCUCAGUCCUGUCGUUCGGCAAAGGCUCCUCGAUAUGCGGAACGAGGGUACGACUUUCGACAAAGAUAACGAGAAACUCAUAUGGCGCAAGGUGUUCCUUCUCCGUUGUCGGUUUGAUCAGCCUCAAUACUGGGUCAUCGAUGCUUUGGACGAAUGUUACAACUACAACUCUCUUUUGCCCAUGCUGAUAAAAUUGGAGUCGUCAAUCGCGCUGCGUGUUUUAAUCACCAGCCGCCAGUCUCCACAGCUCAAAGACAAACUGUCGCUGUUGGACCGUUACCUUUACGAAGAUCAGAUAUCUGCCGAAGAUACCCUGCCCAGUAUCAGACGUUAUGUGGAGCAUGGCCCCAAGUCACAUGCGCUGAGACGUCAAAGCGACGAAGCCCGGCAAGAUGUCGUCGAGAAAAUAUUGAAAAAGUCAGACGGCUGUUUCCUGUGGGUCGAUUUAGUUCUGAGUGAGCUGGAUGCCUAUGGCGUCACGACCGAAGCUGUUACUCGGAUCUUAGAAGAAGUACCACCAGGAAUGGACGAUCUGUAUUCCAGAACACUGGAAAGGUUAUCCGAGCAGGAUCACCCAGACGGAAAGCGCAUAUCAAAAGCUAUUCUAGAUUGGGUAGUUUGCGCUGUACGUCCAUUGACGGUGGCCGAACUGACAAAUGCGCUCAAGUUGGAUCUUGACGUGACUAUGUUCGAACAGGGAAUCCGAUCCUCUUGCGGCAACUUGGUCGACAUUGACAAGUCAAAAAGAGGAAGCACAGUUCAACUUGUGCACCAAACGGCAAGGGACUUCCUGUUAAAGGCUGAUCAUCCGCCCGAAAUGACGAUAACAGCGGCUGAUGCUCAUCGUCGCAUCGCCCGUACCUGUCUGCUUUUUCUAAGAAGCUCCCGGAUACGUCCAGUCAGAACCAAAGGCGCAUCAGCGGACAAUAGCUCACGGAUCUCUCGCACAAUCGACCAAUCCCCAUUUGCGCCGUACGCGUUCACUUUCUUUAGUGCACAUGUUCGGAGGAGCCCUUCAGACGAUGACUCCCUCAUUGACGAGAUAUAUCACUUCCUGUCAACCAAUGGCCUCAGCUGGAUUGAACACGUCGCACAUACUGGAAGAUUGGAUGCGCUUGUCCAAGCCUCGCAGGACCUCAAUGGAUAUUUGCAGGCUCGAGCUAAGCAUAAACCAUCCCUAGACCAGAAAUCCCAGCACAUCCAAAAAUGGUCCGUAGACCUUGUCCGUCUCGUGGCAAAGUUUGGAAAGCAUCUUGUGCGCUGCCCGUCCGCCAUCUAUGGCUUGAUACCCCCACUAGCCCCCGGCGACAGUGCGAUUGCUAGCUAUAGGGAUUCACGAGGCAUAUAUGUUGUUGGGCUCUCUAACAAUAUAUGGGAUGUCCGUCUCUGUGGUAUAUCCUAUCAUGGGAAAGCCGCUACGGCAAUAGCUUGCGGGGACUUCAGCUUUGCUGUUGGCCUGCAGAACGGAGCCGUGUAUCUUUACGAUCAUCAGACUUUCCAAGAGCUGCACAUUUUCCAACACGAGGAAGCGGUAAAGGUCCUCAAGUACAACUCUUCGGGCGACCUCAUG